GAACACACCUCCUCCUCAGCUGGCCCGACAAGAAACCCCUCAAAACCUCCCACAACGGCGACCCCCAAACAAAAUUCAACUCCCCCGACGUCGGGGUCAAAUAUUCAGCCCCCCUCGUCAAUUUUGCUAGCGAGGGGGGUCUCCCAGGACCCCUCGAGAGCACACAACAAGAAGGGGAAAAAAGUGGACACGCCUUCCACACCAAUGUCAGUGGGA